AUGGAUCACCCUUCACUGUCUUCCGGGCAUUCCUUGCCUCGGCGUUACAACCCUGUGCUAACGCUGCGUGAAACAGAGCUGGCUGUACAGCUUCUGAAGUGCGAGUUUACGAAACUGCUUUCCAAGAAGUUAGGUCUUCUUCCCGUUGUUGCUCCUCGAUUUGUCGCGAAGGACUCUGGCCUGCAGGAUGGACUUGACGGUGUAAUGCAACCGGUCGGUUUCAGUGCUCCGGCUUUGCCCGGUCGGCCUGUUCAAGUCGUACACAGCUUAGCCAAGUGGAAGCGCAAAGCACUUGAUACAUACGGCUUUCCAGCUCACGAGGGAGUCAUAACAGACAUGGUUGCGAUAAGAAAAGACGAAAACCUCGACGCAACGCACUCCCUCCUUGUCGACCAGUGGGACUGGGAGCAGAAGAUAAACACAGAAGAUCGAAACGUGGAAUAUCUUGAAUCCACCGUUAAGAAGAUCUACGAAGCUCUUUUGGAGGUAGAGAAACUGCUGUGUGAGCGUUUCCCAAAGCUCUCUCCCGCUCUCCGCGAACAGAAAGCUGUCGAAGAACACGGGGCAGUUUUCAUCAGAGGUGUUGGCGGUGCGCUUGCGGACGGAACAGUGCACGACGUCCGGGCGUGGGACUACGAUGACUACACAACGAUGGGUGCAGAUGGGAUGCAAGGACUGAACGGAGAUAUUAUAGUGCUUGACCCAACGAGUGGAAAUGCACUGGAACUCAGUAGUAUGGGAAUUCGUGUUGAUGCGGAGGCAUUGCUCCGUCAAGCGAAAAUCGCGGGCAUAUCUAAGGACGCUUUGGAAUCUCCGUUUCACCAACAACUCGUAAACGGAUCCUUGCCUGCUUGUAUUGGUGGAGGUAUCGGCCAGUCAAGAGUUGCAAUGCUGCUCUUAAGAAAAUUGCAUAUUGGCGAGGUCCAAUGUUCUGUGUGGCCAGAACAAAUGGUUGAGGAAUACAAACAAGUAGGAUGCACACUCCUUUAG